AUGAACAACAACUUGCCGCUCUCUGGGAAGGACAAAGUGGCCAGGGAAGAGUGGGCGUUGGCGAGGAUUUUCAAUACGGAUGCCGCCGGGUCCUGGAAUGCCAUUAUCGUCUCGGACGAGAAGAAGUGGAAUCUUGAUGGGCCUGACGGCUUCCAGACCUUCUGGCGGGACAUUCGCCAGCCGGUUCGACGGACGAAGCGUCGGCAGGCUGGUGGCGGAAACAUCAAGCCGGUUUUCAGUGGUUUGGGUUGA